GACCGUGAUACAGUGCAGGGAUGAGAAGAUAGAUAGAAUUUUAAAAAAUUGUCAUCACUCACUCAACACAAUCUUCUAAAAAUAAAUUCCCUGCUAUUUUAAGUGAAUGUGACCAUGUAGGAAAACACAGAAGUCAUUUUCUUUCCUCAUUUAUUGUAACCUCAACCCUAAACUGCCACCAAAGUUCCCGUGAGGUUCUCCCCUGCAUGCCAAGGGACUUAUUUGUGUUUGAAUCUCUGCAGGCGAUGUUCUUCAGCCGCACUAACUUGGUUGGUUAUGUAACCAGGGUAACCCUUCUGUACUUUACAUAGAUCCUAAUCCAAUAGCACUUGUGUCUUAUUUAACGGAGAACAAGAAAACAUUUCCUUGUGUUUUCACUGCUCUGUUGGAUGACCAUAUUUGAUUAUCAAUAGCUGCAUCACUUGAUUAAACUGACUUUACUUACUGUACAGUUGCUGAGGUGGAGCGACGACAACAUUUCAGGAACCAACCCUCAACUCCCCAGCUGGAGUUUGACCUGACUUGAAGCCAGUGUAUUAAUACAGGGACAUUAUAUGUUAAGUGUUAGAAGGUAUAAUUUGGUCAAAAUGAUGCGAUUGCACAGUUAUGGGUCACAGUCCCUGUCUGUGCGAGGGACGACACCUGCAUGUGUCAGUAGGCUUUAUUAUUGUGCUAUAAAUGGAGAAUGGUUUCUUAAGAACAAGCGUUGUGCUCAAAGCCAAUUAGCGACUUGUGAGACAAGACAGGGAAGCCUGGGGAAGACGAACUGUUGACUGACAUGUUCAAUGCAAAGAACAAUUAAUAUAUUGUUUUAAUAGCCAACAAUGUAGAAAUAAUUUGGAUGAAAUAUUGUGAUUAUGAAUGGGCAACGUAAAGCUGUUCAAAUCUUUACCGCAAUUAUUCCUGUGAACUACUUUUUCUUUUUUUCUUUUUUUACAUCACAGACCUUUAAGGAUAGUUUUCAGAAUCUUUAUGAUCUGAUGUCACGAAGGCUUCAACUCCAAUGCGGUUCAUAAUCUCAUCCUGUGUAUUUUUUUGGGAUGUUGGGUGGGAAAGAAAUGACACCAAUUGCUAGGGCGAAACGGGAUAUGAUAAGGAGGGCGGGGCUUAACAGACAGAGCUGAUGCUCAUUCUUGGAGAGUGGCAUGAAGAGGACAGAAAGGAGAAGGGAGGCAGACUCAGAGAGAGGAGGCAGGAACAUAGACAAGGGGAGAGGAACACUUGGUCCUUAGUGUCUGUGCAGGAGCUCCACCUCUGCUGGUGCAGGGAAUCUCACCGAGGACUUUCCUCUGGAUUGCACUGAGCACGUCUGCCCUUUGGAGCUUCUACCCUGGAAUUCAGUUUUGUGGACAAACCAACAUAGAGAGUGUGUGUCUGCCAACCUACUAGAACUUCCUGCUAAACUGGAAAUAUCAAGUAGUGGGAGUAAUAUGAGGAAACCUUUAAAUGGGCUAGAUCCAGGAAUCAGAUGCCAAGGAAUUCUCCACUGUAUAUAAACUGGACAGGAGCAUGUCAAGGAAUCAAGGACGGUGAAAUCCUGUGGCCUGACGUAACCCCAUUUCUUCAGCCACCAGCUCCACCAACCUACGUUUUGGAUUUUACUCCAGACAUUCUCACUGUACCUGACAACGUCCUUCAAGACCAUGGAUCUCAUGCUACCAAUAAAAAACCAAGACGUCUUUCAUUCUCCAAGCUCCGCUCCCCGGGGGUCCCACAGCUGCUGUUCCAGACGCCACUAUGAAAACAUCAAGAAAAAGCUGCGGCCCGGGCGUAUACUGGGCUUCGUCCUCAGCCUGGUGGUGGUCUGCACAGCCUCUUCAUGGAGUGCCUUGUCAAUAGCCACAUCAGUGGCCACAGGGCUGAUGUCAGAUGUGGGAGACUCAGCAGUAGCAGCAGUGCCCCCUAGGACUCUUUUGCAGUACAAUAACCUGUCCGCGGCACCAGGAGACACAUCUGUGUCAACAAAGUCGGAUGAAAUUGAAAUGAAUCAUGGGGAUUACCCAAAAGACUACUUCACAGUGGAGGAAAGACGUCAGGGCUAUGUGGUGCUUCAUAUGUUUGGGAUGAUGUACAUGUUCAUAGCCUUAGCCAUUGUGUGUGAUGAGUUUUUCGUCCCUGCCCUGACUGUCAUCACAGAGAAGCUGGAGAUCUCUGAUGAUGUAGCCGGAGCCACCUUCAUGGCAGCGGGCGGAUCUGCCCCGGAGCUCUUUACCUCUGUUAUCGGAGUCUUUGUUUCCCACAGCAAUGUGGGAAUUGGAACCAUCGUGGGCUCGGCUGUGUUCAACAUUCUGUUUGUGAUUGGGAUGUGUGCCCUGUUCUCCAAGGAAGUGCUGCACCUCACUUGGUGGCCUCUGUUCAGAGACGUCUCGUUCUACAUCAUCGGCCUGCUCAUGCUCAUAUACUUCUUUCUGGAUAAUCAGAUCGUGCUGACAGAGAGCAUUAGUCUGCUGUGCUGCUAUUCUGCUUAUGUGACAUUCAUGAAGUUCAAUUCCAAGGUGGAGCUUUUCAUCAAGUCCAGGAUGGGCAGCAACCAGGUGAAAGAGUUACCGACUGCCCCAAAGGUUAAUCCACCAGUGAAUGAUGAGAACAAGUUGACAGCCAAGCCCAGGCUGCAGAGAGAGGGCAGCUGUGCUUCUCUGCACAACACCCUGAUGAGGAACAGUAUUUUCACACUCAUGAUACACACACUGGACCCUCUCAGCAAUGAUGGUCGAGGACGUUUCAAAGAGAAGGCCUCAAUCCUUCACAAAAUGGCCAAGCAGAAGUGUAAAGAAGGUGCCGUUAAUGGUAUAGCGGCCCUGUCUCAGACACAACCCUUGAAGAAUACAAAUUCUGACAAAAAUAUGCCUAAAAGUGCAAACGUAGCUGUAGAAGUCACACCACCCAUGAAUGGAGUUGCAGGAGGAGAUGCGGGUCCUGAGGAGGAUGAUGAUGAAGACCAGCCUUUGAGCCUGGCCUGGCCUGACACCAACAGAAAAAGAUUCACCUACCUUCUAAUCCUGCCUAUUGUGCUUCCACUGUGGAUUACGCUGCCCGAUGUCAGAAGAGAGACUUCAACAAAGUUUUUCCCCAUCACUUUCCUGGGGGCCAUCUGUUGGAUUGCAUUCUUCUCCUAUCUGAUGGUGUGGUGGGCUCACCAGGUUGGGGAAACCUUCUGGAUCACAGAGGAGAUCAUGGGCCUCACCAUUUUGGCUGCUGGCACCUCAAUCCCUGACCUCAUCACCAGUGUAAUUGUGGCACGAAAGGGUCUUGGUGACAUGGCAGUGUCCAGCUCUGUGGGCUCCAACAUCUUUGAUAUCACUGUAGGUCUGCCAUUCCCCUGGCUGCUCUACAACAUCAUCAACGACUUCAAGCCAGUGGAGGUGAGCAGCAACGGCCUGUUCUGUGCCAUCGUUCUCCUCUUCCUAAUGCUGCUCUUCGUCAUUAUGUCCAUCGCAGCUUGCAAGUGGAAAAUGAGCAAGUUCUUGGGCUUCUUCAUGUUCCUGCUCUACUUUGUGUUUCUUGUCGUAAGUGUUAUGCUGGAGGACAAAAUAAUCACUUGCCCUGUCACUGUCUGAUAGAGUGAGAGAGCGCCACAAGGAGCUUUAGUGAUCUGACACCGACUGCACUCUGUUUGGAUCACACAUUCACACAUAUAUAUAAAUAUAUACAACCACCACCUGAGACGCAACUGUAUCUCGACUAACACAACAUUCGUAGGUACCUGGUACCUGGAGGUACAGACUGGUGGGUAAGUUGCAGAAAAUCUCUUUUUUCAUGAAUGGACUUGGCCCACAGGGUCAUUUAAAAAGACACGGAAAAAAGAGUGUGUAAGUAAUUUAAGAGAAAUAUUUUGGUAGCUAUUCUUCUUUUUUGUAUCAAAAGGAUGUGUGGCAGAUUAAGAAACGGA